AUGACUCAGUCGACAGCCUCCCACCGUCGCUCCCCUUCCUCUCCUCAUACGUCCAAGCCCAAGCUCACCCGCCCUGGUCUUCAUCGUCGCGGCACAUCCGGUCUGAGCAGUGUGAAUUUGUCCAUCUCCAAGCUGGGCUCGGGUCAGUCGACGCGAUCGCACUCGAGGGGAGUGACCCACUACGACGAUCCUGAUAUGGCGGCAAGUUUCCUGAACUUCUGUGCCAUGUGCGAGAGACAGAUCACUGUCCCCAACAACUCCCUCCUCUACUGCAGUGAAAGCUGCCGCCGCAAAGACUCCUGCAAACCCCUCUCCGCCUCUCUCCCUUCCAUGUCGACUAUGUCCUCCCAGCCCAUCCCCUUCCACGCCCGCAGCAACUCCACAUACAACAUCUCCACCACUCCCCCAAACUCCCCGCCACUCUCCCCCCGCACCAUCGUCGCCCCGAUGACACCCACCCGCAUCCCGUCAUCUACUCCCUCCACCAUGCCUUCCAUCAGGAUACCCGCCUCAGUCCCCAACGUCAAGACGGAUCUUGAUCCCACCGAGUGGAAGCCCGUAUUAGGCGCCCGCACCACGAGCUCCAGUGCGCUCGCAACCUCCGACGCCUGGAGCUACCUCUCCCAGUUCCACGGCGGCGCCAGCACCCUGAUGACCCGCCGCUCGCACCGGAGCACAGCCAGCCUGCCCACCCUCGACGGCAUCGUCACGCCCUCGCUCACGCACGCGCCCUCCAUCGCCUCCUCCGUCUCCAGCACGGCUUCGGACGAGAUGUCCCUGGCGCUGGCGCAUGGGUCGCGCCCGCUGCCCCCGCGCCACAACCCGUUCUUCUCGCUCUCGCACGGUGGUGCGGCUAAGGGCGUCGCCCUGGUUAUGCCCCACGUCGCAACUGUCCGCGAGGAUGCGGACGCCGUCGAUAUCGAGAGUGAUAGUGGGUCCAUCUUCCCUGCUAGCUCUGCGGUGUGGGAGGAUGAGGUCUGUGCGAAAGCGAGUGCGCCGAUUAUGGUGCACGGCCCGGCGCAGAAGGCGUGA